AUAGGGAUAAUUUCGUGAAAAAGGCACGGCAGCCGCAACAGCAGCGAGCCGAGUCGUUGCGCGGCAAAAAGCCGGGAGGUGAGCUGAUGGGCUGGCAGUGGGCUCGCAGCAGCAGGGGCCUCCUGUGCUCCCUCGGCGGCUGCGACGAUUAUUACAGCGCCGACACGCUCGGCACCUGGAAGUUCCAUCGGGUUGCCCGCCCCAGCCAUGAGGGAAUGAGCGCUGGGAGCGAUGGCAGCGGCGGCGGCCUCGGUGGGGUACUGGGCGGUAGGAAUACACCGCCCCAUGGCUCGCCCACCCCAAUGGACAAAGCGACCCUCAAGGUCCAUUUGCCGAACGGUGGUUUUAACGUGGUCAAGUUUGGCGACGCCAUCGACGUCAAGGGUAUCAUAUCGUUGGUCACGAGCCGACUGGCGGCGGGGACGAGGCAUUACAGGAAUCUUUACGCCAUGAGAUUACACCACACGAGCUCGAGCGAGAGUUACUGGUUGCACCAGGACACGACGAUGCACCAGGUGCAAGAAAAAUACGAAAAGAAACACCCGCACAGCGAAUGGAGGUACGAGUUGAGGGUGCGAUAUUUACCCCAGAAUCUAAACGACCUUUACGAAAAGGACAAAGUCACGUUUUACUAUUACUACGAUCAGGUGAGGAACGAUUAUCUGACGGCGAAUCACUCGAUGCUCGAUCAAGACGUAGCCGUGCAACUGUGCUGCCUCGAAAUUAGAUAUUUUUUCAAAGACAUGCCCCAAAUAGCUCUCGACAAAAAGAGCAAUUUAGAAUACUUGGAGAGAGAGGUUGGUCUGCACAAAUUUUUGCCUCGCUCGAUAUUAAACAGCAUGAAGCCAAAAGCACUGCGAAAGCUCAUACAACAGCAUUUCAAAAAGGUGGCCGCUCUCUCGGAGCUCGAGUGUAUGUACAAAUUUUUCGAACUGCUCCGCUCGCACUACAGGUUCGACCAGGAGAGGUUCAUAUGCGCUUUGGGAACUAGUUGGUCUAUUCCCGUGGAACUAGUCAUCGGCCCGGAUCUCGGAAUAUCGUACAUGGCUCAUCGCGGUGGGACGGUGCCGACGAGGAUGGCGGAAUUCACGCAAAUCCAGUCGAUUCAGACGCUCGUGUCGGAUUGCAAGGAGCACGCGAAAGCUUGCAUAAAACUCCGAGUGGCGGGUACGACCGAAACCCUCAGUAUUACUUGCUCGAGUCUCGAUCAGGCUGAAAGUCUCGCAGAUUUAAUCGACGGCUACUGCAGACUGGCGACUGACAGCAAUACUUCCUUGUGGAAUAGAAAAGCUGCUUCUUGGAAAAAUUAUCCCUGUCCUUGUAAAGAUGCUCAUCAACCAAAAAAUAAGCACGAAAACACAGAAAGUCUAGAAAAUAAUGGCGCUGGAAAGACUGGAACUAUGUUGUCUGAAGAUUAUGCGGAGAUUGUCGAUGAAGAGGGAGAUUAUUCAACUCCAGCUACGCGUGAUUACGAAAUAGUCAGGAAUCAAGUAGAACUAGGAGAAAUCAUUGGAGAAGGACAGUUUGGAAACGUCCACAAAGGCUCCUACAAGGCACGAGAUGGCCAGAUAAUACCGGUUGCUGUAAAAACUUGCAAAGUCGACGCAGAUCUUGCAACUUCUGAAAAAUUUCUCGAAGAAGCAUACAUAAUGCAGCAGUUCGAGCACCCGCACAUAAUCCGUCUGAUCGGCGUGUGCUCGGAGGCCCCGAUCUGGCUGGUCAUGGAGCUCGCCAAAUUGGGCGAGAUGCGCGCCUACCUGCAAUCCAACAAGCACAAGCUCGACCUCGCCGCCCUCAUCCUCUACACGUUCCAACUAAGCACUGCCCUGUCCUACCUCGAGAGCAAAAAAUUUGUGCAUCGCGACAUAGCCGCGCGCAACGUUCUUGUCUCGGCGAACAAUUGCGUCAAGCUCGCGGACUUUGGCUUGAGCCGAUGGGUCGAGGACCAAAACUACUAUACGGCCAGCAAGUGCAAGCUGCCCAUCAAAUGGAUGGCGCCCGAGAGCAUCAACUUCCGCAGGUUUACCACUUCGUCGGACGUGUGGAUGUUUGGUGUUUGCAUGUGGGAAAUAUUGAUGUACGGCGUGAAACCUUUCCAAGGGGUGAAAAACAACGAGGUCAUCGGUAAAUUGGAAAACGGAGAGAGAUUGGCUCUGCCGAGCAACUGCCCACCUCGGCUUUACUCGCUGAUGUCGCAGUGCUGGAGCUACGAGCCGAGCAAGAGGCCAACUUUCAAGGAUAUUCGAGAAAAUUUACAUGAAAUUCUCAUCGAAGAAAGGCACCAGCAGCAGGAGAACGUACGCCGAGAGACUCGCAGAGUUCAAGCCAUGUCGUGGGUCGGAGGAGACGACGUGCAACCAGCUUCAAAGCCCCCUGUGAGCCGUCAGGGCUCCAACACGACGCCUGACCAGUCCGAACUGACGGCUCCGGUCUCCACGUACAUCGUCGCCCAGAAUCCAGAGGUACUCGCCCAAUUGAUGAAGGAGAGCCAGGCAAGAGGGGUAUGUCCCUCGGUAUACACGACCCCCGCGACCCCCUUCAACUCCCUGGCUGUACAGUUCCAAGACGAGGACAAGACCUUGACCACCGCUGUAGUCGCGGACCUCCCCUUUGCCGACCCCAUUGAGAGCCUGCAGUCCAGUGCUUCUUCCUCCAACAACUCUAAUCAACUGGCUUCCGAAUCCAACUCUCAGUCUGAGUCGAACCUUGACUCGAUCGAGUCGUCCGACACCAUAUCCUCCUUCCUGUCGAACCUAAGCGUGUCCGAGUCUAUGCAGUCCCCAAAUGUCACUCGCAAACAAUCCCAGCAGAGCUUGUACUCAUCUAGCGCGAAAAUCGCGGAUCUCUACUCACCGGUGCAAAAGUUUUCCUCCGCGGCAGCGUCGUCCUGCGCCUCGUCAGCCGCGGGUGUCGAGAUCUAUGGUCCUGUGGCUGGCUUCAGCCAGAGCUCAGUCAUAGUCGGCAACCUAAGCCAGAGCCCCAGUCUUGUCGGCAACUUUGCCGAGGCCUGUGCCCCCGAACUGCUACUCCAGAACUACGGGCCACCGAGCAUACCGCCCACCGACUCAGUAGCCCAGUCUUCCUCCUCGAGCUCGUUUCCCCAGAAUGGCGCUUCCUCCUUUAUCGGCCCAAACCAAAACUCUGUUGGUGCCAAUCAGUCAUCCGGCUAUCCAUCGGUCAUGACGUCCUCCAUUACCAGUGCCGAAAACAUAUACGGUCCCGUGCUCAAGUUCCGCGCUCAGACGGCCGCUACGAUGGCCGAGCCGGUGCUCAGCGCCCCGGCGGCCGGUGUCGCUUCUUACAUGCAAGCCAUGCGUGCCCCCAAUGUCAUAGCUCCAGGCUACUGUGCUCCCGUCAUAAGCAGCAACAACAACAACAACAGCAGCCAGGCUCAGGUGAUCUACGCCCAAAACUACCAGCAUCAGCACCAACAGAUAUACUCAAACGUGUCGUCGUCGCCGAGCAAUUAUUCGCACUACUCGCAAAACUAUCAGCGCAGCUCCUCGGCGAUGUCGCCAUCGCCGGCAGCGCCGAUCUACACGGUCCACGCGACGCCCACCUCGGUGGUGCAGGCCCAGAAACUCCAGCAGGCCCAGCAGCAGUGCACGAGCUAUCACCAUCCGGCUGUGCAGACGCAUUACGCGGCCCAGACCAGGCAGGUCGCGAUGCCCCAGGUGGGCAAGGUAUACACGGCCAACGCCGUACCCGUUAAUGCAACGAUUGUCCCUGGUGGUGCGGGUGCUGGAAGAUUGUGUGACGGGAAUUUGGUGGAGGAUACCGCCGCCGCCGCCGCUGCGAGCACUGGGCUAAUUGGGCCGAGCAGCGGGGAUGUGCCUGUCGGUGGCGACGAGAUUAUGAUGAUUAUGCUGCACGAGCAGAGAAACGCACAGUCCCAGAUGUUUGAGACCACUGCCGAUUUCAAUCCUCGAGUCGAAGACGUGAAGCAGUUUUUGGAAAAACGUUUGCUCGAACAGCAGCGUCAGUCGGAAGAGGACAGCCGGUGGCUAGCCAGAGAAGAGAAACGCCUGUCGAUAGCAACGAGCGGCGACGAGAGCGCGAGUCCGCCGAUCCCGCGAUCGAUCACGCAAUCGCCGAACCACGAGACUCACACCACGACGAGCACGGGGUCGCUGGGGUCCGAUAAGGGCUCCGACAAAAUCAUCGUAGUCAAGAAAAUGGAGCCGACGCCCACUGCCGAUCUCGAUCGAACGAACGACAAGGUGUACGACUGCACGACCAGCGUAGUACGUGCCGUGAUGGCACUGUCCCAGGGCGUUCAGCAAAGCAGGGCCGACCAGUACCUCGAUCUGGUGCGCCGCGUGGGUAUCGAGCUGCGCGAGCUCCUCUCGUCGGUCGACGCGCUCGUGGAAAUACUGCCCGCCAAUGCUCACCGGGAGGUAGAGAUGGCGCACAAGGUGCUCAGCAAGGACAUGGCUGAGCUCGUUACCGCGAUGAAGCUUGCCCAGAACUACAGUGCCACGACUCUCGACGCCGAGUAUCGCAAGGGUAUGCUAUCUGCCGCUCAUAUCCUGGCGAUGGACGCGAAAAAUUUGCUCGACGUGAUAGAUUCGAUUAGGAUCCGCUUCCCUUACGUAGAUAGCCAAAUAUGCCAGAGGCACAACGAAAUGACAAACUCGAGGGGCUUGGCACAGGAGUACCGCAUGCGCUCGAGCCAGUCCGGCGAGCAGCUCAGGCGAAGUCAUUCCAGCGAGCGGCAGAGCAAUCCUGGUUUCCGGCAGAGCCAGAGCGGCGACCUCCUGCACCGAAUGGGCCAAUCCGUUGAUCGUGGAUCACAGGGACAGCUUGACGGUAACGGGAUGUCGAGCCUGGAGCGGCGGCACCACAUGGUUAACAGUCUCGAGCGCAAUUCGACGACCAGACGACAAAUGGUGACCAACAGCCUCGAGCGGAAGCGACCCUCGCUCUCGAGUAGCCCCUGUGGAAACUUGAUGAAUUUGCCACCGGUGCCGGUCACCUGCAGCAUUGUCCAGACGAAGGCACCGAUCAUCCAUCAACAUCAGUCUUCUCUAUCCACGGACAUCACUCAGAGCUCGAUGUUCAAUAACAAAAUUGGCAAAGAGCUCCAGUCGAACGACAGCUAACGAUGAGGUGUUUACUUGCGUUAGAUUUUUUUUUGUUUCUUUAUCAAUUGAGGGCGAUUGUCAAAAUUAUUUGUUGGCCUCUUUUUUUGUUGUUGUUGUUCUUGUUAUGUUCUGUUGAUUUGUAGUUUUACGCCGGAAACAAUCGAUAUCACUUUAAUGUCCGUUCAAUGUUAAAAUAGUGCAACAGGACAACAUUAAAGAAAUAUUGUACAUAUAGUAUAAUUAAGACUCGAGCGAAAAGUUACCCAUCGCACCUUUCCUCCUUGCUAUAGAAGCAAAUGUGUAUUUGCUCUUUAAUCAAUUUAUAAACUUUCUCUUUGCUACCAAAGUGGCAAGUGUGUUUUUUCUUUAAUAAAAAAAAAUAAUAAUAAUGUAGCAAGUAUAUACUUAUAUAUACAUAUGUACGAUGUAUAUAUAAAACAGUAUUCACUAGCUAUUAUAGGAAUAUCAUGUCGAUAAAUA